GCGUUAUUUCAAACAGACUAUUUUCUGGUCUGGUCGGCACGUUGAUAUGUAUUAGUGGUCAUACUGCUGGUAUGGAUGGGAUUUCUUAUUUAUAAACUGCAUGGAGCCUAAUAAUAUAAAUGUGAAACCUGAACCACUGUUUAAUAACUUACCCACUGGACUGAUAUAUCCUAUUUCUAUUCACAAUCCCGGUAAUAAUCAUUUGAAUCCUUCAUCUGCUGUUCUCCAAGAUGAUUCUUUACCAACUUCGAACUCCAUUUGUAUAUCUUCAGUCGAUUUUUCGCUUAACGAUUCUGACAAGUUGGAUAAUUCGAUAACAGUAUGUUUGGCAUCACAAACAAAAGAUGGAUUUUAUUCAGAGUCGGAUCAAAGCAUCCAUAAUUCAUUUUGUAGUUCAACAGACUCAAACACAAAACCUUUAUCUAUUCAUUGUGUUCAGGAGUCAUCAAAUGUCUUCUCCACCCAGUCUUCACUUCCCUCCCUCAGUUCUGAAUUUCAGGUUCCAAAUCUCCCGAACGAAUGCUCGCAUAAACUCCCUGUACAUACAGCUGCUAAGCCUAGUGAGGCAUUAUUUGUUCGAGCCUUAAUUGGCCGUUGCAAACGUAUUGCUCCUUUAUGGUUUCGGGGUGUUUCUUCAAUGCGUGAACGCAAUCGAGAAGAAAACCGUCGUAUGGCAUGUAACAGUGGCCAAAGCCAAAGUGAUUGGAGUCUCAUAGCAUUAAAAAUCGGGGAAAUGAAUGCUGGCAGUGAAACGGAUGCUAUAUCAAAUUUACUUAAAAAAUUAUAUAAAGAGUUGCCUAGUGAUUCAGUAUUUUGGUUUCUUAAAUGUUGGCUUGGCAGUGAAGAUACUUUGAAUGAUCCACAUUCUUGUGUUAUAAGUCGUGGUGAUGCUAAAGGUCGUAUGCGACGUAUUGAUGGUGGGAAAGGUUCUGAUAAAGUUUGGCGAUUAGACACCAUUGUUGGUAUGCUGUAUCAUGGUUUACCAAUGUCCAGUACCGAUACCAAUAUCAUGGUGCAUACAUGUGAUCAUGAAUUGUGUGUUCGACCACAGCAUAUACGAUUUAGAGCUAGUUCUGUAGCACUUGUUGUCGUGUUGAAAGCAUUAGCUCAAGCUGGUUACACUAUUAUUCCACCAUCAAUGCCUACUAUCAAUUCAAAUGGAAUUGUUCCGAAAGUACCGGAUGAAUAUGUGGAUGUGUUUGGACCUUUUUCCAUUGAACAACUUCAACAAUACAGAACUGAAAAUUUAACACCUGCCAGUGAAUCAAUAUCGAAGCUUACAUUAAGUGCAUCCGAUCGUGAUUUAAUCGAUCUAGUUCCAGUGAUUAAAGAUGCUUUACAUCGAGGUGACAGUACAACAAUGACGACGUCAUCAGCAACAACAGCAACGACAAGCACACCAAUCACCACACCAGCAUCAACCGCUUCAACGACAACCGGAUCGUCAAUGCAUUUGAAUCGUUCCAAUUCAUUUCAUACAACAACAACAUCAACAACAAUCGCAACACCAAUGACAUCAACGAUAGUUUGUUCCAACAAUCUACUUCAUCCGAUUCCAGUGAAUAGUUUCAGUGAAUCAAUUAUUUAUUCAAAAGAUACCACUAUAAUAAACGGUUUGUCAUCGUGCAAAUCGGAACGUUAUCAUUUAAAACGUCCAAGACCAAUAUCACCUAAUUCUUUACCAUCAUCUCCAAUGAAAUAUGUAUAUAAUUAUCAUCAAAUUGCAUCGAGUCCACCACUUUUAAUCUCUGAACUACCAUCAUUCAGUACUAUACAUAAUCAUUGUAGUCAUAAUGCUGGUAGUAUUAGUAGCAAUAGUAGUAGUGGUAGUAGUAGUAAUGGUAGUACUAGUAGUAAUAGUCAUUCACAAAUUCGUCGACCAUCUGAUUCUACUGUAUUAUUCACUAAUGGAAUGAAUCAUUCUUCUUUAGUAUUAAACAAUCCAAUCAGUUUGACUAAUUCACAUCAUCAUCAUAAUCAUCAUCAUGGUAGUUUGAGUGCAUUUUAUACAUUUUCUACGCAUGAUCAGCCAACAACGUCUACUUUGACUAGAUCGAAUCCAUGCACUAAUGUCGUGAAUAAUAAUACUAAUACUAUUACUGCUACUUCGUCGAAUUCUCUCCUAUCACAAUCGAUUACCAAUGGUCAAGGUCACUCGAUGGCUCAUCGACAUCGUCCUCGUGGUCAUCAUCAUCAGCAGCACCAGCAUCGUUUCGAUUCAGAUCAGAAAGUCCGAGGAGUGGAGAAAGUGGAGGCAGACGAUGAAGAAGAAGAAGAAGAAGAAGGAGAAGUAGACUAUGAUGGUGAUGGUGAUGAUAGCGGCGGCGACGACGACAACGAGGAGGAGGAAGGGAAUAAUCAUUCAAUGAAAAAUGGUACAUUUCUUUAUUCACAACCAUAUCUUGGAUUAAUAGUCAAUAAUGCGGAUCCAAUAAAUAGUAGGUUACAUAUACAUACAACAACACCGACAACAAUACCUACUACUAUUAUCAGUAGUAGUAGUAGUACGACUACUACUGCUACUAUUGCUGCUAAUAACACGAAUCAUACAACAUCAAUCUUGAUGAAUCAUUCCAAUUAUUCAUCGAGUGGUAAGUCAACACCUCGUCAACCGGCAAAAAAACGUCCUGAAGCUAGAACACCUACAAUCGAUGGUUUAUUAGAUGAAAAUCUAUUGUCUUAUCCUUUGUCGAAUUCAAACAUCAUCAAUACCUUCACGACGUCAGCGACGACGACAACAGGGACAUCAGUAGCAGCAGCAACAGUAGCAACAACAGGAUUAUGUAAUCUUGACGAUUCACAUUUAUCAACAAUGUCAAUCAUAUCGUCAUCAACAUCAUCCUCAUUGGUAGAUUCGACAACAAGUACAUUUAUGGUACAUCAUAAAUCACCUUUCGUUCCAGUGCAUAGUCGAAUUGGUCGUCCUAAUUCUACUGAAUUAAUUCCUAACAAUUUGAAUUAUAUGAACAAUAAUAAUCCUAAUACACUCAGUCCGUAUAGUCUUUCAUUAUUGCCAACAAUGACACCAUCGAAAGAGAAACAAUCAAUUAUGAAUUUCCCUGUUACACAUCAUCAUCAUCAUCGUGGCGACAAUCAUGCUGGUGCUGCUUCUGCGGAUGACGAUGAUGAAGGUGAAAUGGAUCAAGAAUUGGUCGAUAUCAUGAUUGCACAUAAUGCUGCAAUCUCUACGUCGUCGUCGUCAUCAUUGUCAUCAUCGUUUUAUCCAACAUUACAUAAAAUUGCACAAAAUCAAGCAUAUUCUUUGACUACUACUACUAAUAAUACUACUCAUAAUAACAAUCAUCUUCAUCAUCCUCGUAAUCCUAUUCAUAAUAGACAAGAUUUAUUAAAUUACAAUGAAUUGGAUAAUACUAGUCCAAAUGGUCGUCGUGUUAUUGCUGCUAUUGUAGCUGCUCUGACUAGUACGAGUGAUUCACCAUUGUUAAUGGAAAAUUCAUCAUCAACUCCGAUGAAUAUUAAUAAUAAUAAUAAUUCACGUCGUAGUGUCUCAGCUUGUAGUCUUUCACAUUUUGAUUUGAAUACAACAUUCAGCAAUGACGAUACAAUGGAUUUAUUUUCAAAUCAACAACAAUCUCAACAUCCUCAUCAAGGUCAUCCUCAUCCUUCUCAUCAAGGUCAUGUUAAUUUUCAACAAAAUCAUUUGAAACAGCAUCAUCAUCAUAACUCAUUCAAUGGUGGUUGUUCGAAUAAACUGAUGUUUAAGAAAUCAAUCCCAGGUGGUGUUGGUCCUGCUGCUGGUGCCGGUGAUACGGGUGGCGGUGACGGAGCUGAUGACGCCGAUGAUGAUGAACAACCGUUGACUCCACCACCGCCCAAAUUAUUAUUAUUAUCAUCAUCAUCAUCCUGUUCGUCACAAAAGUCAACUACUAUUACAACAGCAACUCCGACAACCACCACUACAAUGUCAUCACUGCAAAAUGCACUCGAUACAUUUGGUGAUUAUUCACAUCCACCGAGAUUAGAUAUGAUUACGAAAUUAUCACCGAGUAGUAGUAUUGAUUGUACAAUGCAUAAUAAUAAUGAUAAUAACGAUGACAUGGAUGAAUCUAAUUUCAAUAGGAAAGAUUCCUCACCAUCCGAAUCGUCCAUGUUAGAAUUGGCUAGUCUAUUGAGAAAUUCACCAGCAUCAGGAAUUAGUCAAGAAUUGAUCGAUAUGCUUGCUAAUAUGGCUCAACAAUAUGGAAUGCAACAACAUUCACGUACAGGCAGUCGUGCUAGUCGUCCAUCAAGUCAAGUUGCACAACGUUUCUAUCGUAGCCUAGUGAAUGGUUCUGUAUGCGGUUCACCAUUUCCUCCACUUACUCCUCUUGGUACAACUGCUGCUACUGCUGCUGGUGGUGGACCUAAUACGUGCACAUUUAAUUUUCUUCAAACACCAAACAAUUGUGACAAUAUCAAUGAAGUUGUUGUAGCGGCAACAGCAAGCGGUGGCGGAGGCGGCGGAGACGUAGGCGAAGGCGGAGUUAUUGUCACAUGUGAACAAACUACCAACAUGACACCAGCAUUCAAUUAUUGUCCUGCGUCCAAUGGAUUAUCGUCCAACUGUACUACUACUACUACUACCACCGCUACUACUAAUAAUACUACUCAUAACAAUACUAGUAGUAGUAAUAGUACUGGUAUUAUGAGUAAUACUGGUAACAACCGAUAUCCCACCAUAUCAAUGAAUCAUCAUCAUCAUCAUUUCAAUUUCACUCCAUUAUCUAUUGAUGAAUUGGAUUAUACUGCGUCGUCGUUGUCGACUACUGGUUGUUUACAACUUCUACCAACAACAAUAACAACAACAUCAUUUACUACUACACAUGCUGCUGACUUGUUAUACACAAAAUCCAGCCAUACACAUCAUCAAAACAAUAAUCAUUGUAUUAAUCCAUGCGCCAUACUCAAUGAUCAUUCAACAUUGUCUCAAUUUGUUCCUUCUUGUUCAUCUGCGUCGUCUUUGUCGUCAUCGUCAAUGAUGAUGUCAUCCAUGAAUCAUGAUCGUCAGCAUCCUCAUCCCCAUCCUCCUUCUCAUCAUAAUAACCAUAAUCAUGCUUUUUCAUUACACAACUAG